UAUAGCUUACACGUAGAUUAAUUCGUAUGUUUAAAGUUCAAGGACAAAGCAAGACCCAGUUUAUAAAAUACUGAGAAAGUAAAACAUAUAAUUCCUAAGGAAUGAAAUAGUGUGCAACGAUAUAAGUGGGAAACAAUACUUAGGUUUCGCCGAAGAGGAAAUUGCUUACCUACAAAUACCGAGAAAAAAAGUGGUUCCAGUCGUUCUAUUUUUAUUUUUAGCUAGUCUUUCUUUGAUUGGAAAUGGGGAAGGUAUUAAAUAAGCCUUGGGGUUUGCGUCGUCGACGUGCACAACAUUGACCUUGGCCGUAACACAAUAUUCUAUUCAAGAGAUUAAAAUAAAACUGGCCACAUACGUUACACGGAACGAUACGAACAGAUAAGGCAAGGCCCAUUACUCUUACUUUAAGUAUGGUUCAGUAAUGCCUCUUGUUGGACUGGGGGGAUUACAAACAACCAUUGGCCUUCACCACUCGUCGAUCUUGGUUUGCCAUAGGUUUGAAAUGCCGACACAUAAUAAUAAAAAAACAACUUUUUAAACAGCUAUCUUGCAGCGCGUAAACUGAGUUUACGUAUUGACAAAACUGACGGAUUUCCAAAAUUCUAAGAAUAACUAUCAUAUUGGCAUACAUAAGGAAAGAAAAGAGAGUACAGAUUUCAUUUCCACGUUUCUACCGUAUAAGCAAGAAGCAUAAUGCUUCAAGUGGAACAUAGUACUUGGGUUUCAGAGGAGGGAAAUAUUUGUUAUUUUAAAUGCAAACCUAAAUAUAAAGGAGACAAAUUUAUUUUGUUUAAGGGAGUGGCAAUCAAGCAGCGGUCAUGCGAAUCGCAGGAGAGUGUGAUUGUGAAGGUCUUUACAUAUGCCCAUGCCGGGACUAGGGACUGGAGACACUAUAAGGCUGUGUUUUAUCGGACACGGCAGUUCAUCGAACCUUUUAACAGCUAUCUUGGUACCACGAAGGCCCGACCUAAGGUGGAAUUUCUUGCACCAGAGGUAGCGAUCAUGGACACUCAAUCCGACUUCCAGAUGUUUGCUCGUUUCUUCUGGAAUUUCAACAAGACUUUCUCGGAGGAUGAAGCUGUAGUUAUCGAACGUCGGUUAAAAGGCGAUUUUAUCACAUACAUCGAUACAACAGGAUAUGCAACACAUGAAAUGUCAGCACUGCCUGCAGCAUUUUGCCAUUUUUCGUACCAAGAAAGUGGCGGUCAGUUUGUGAUAUGUAACCUCCAGGGUGUUCUUGACAACGGAAAGUUUGUGUUUACAAACCCGGUGAUUCACUCGAACAGCGAAACAUUUGGAGAAUCCGACAAGGGGGCGAAAGGUAUCACCUCGUUCUUUGCAAACCAUGUGUGUACGUACCUCUGUCAAGACUUUGUAAAACCAGGGUAUACAGCAAAGGGGCCUAGGAGAUUAGAUGAAGACAGACCGCCACGUUAUUCAAUUUUGUUCCCAGAUCGCUGAAUCGUCUUAGCAAUGUUAGGCUAGUUUACAGCCUUAUCUAUCUCCACCUGUGGACUUUGAAAGUAUUGGUCUUUCGGACUGUCUAAGUCUUGAUCCUUGCCUUAAUCUUUUCUGAAAAAAAUUCAAGACAGGCUUUUUACCAAACAAUGUUUUAAGACAAAUUCUAAUAUCUUGUAAGUUCAACCGAAAUAUUAAGACAGAAGACAGUGUUGAAUACAAAAACCAGACAUUAGACGUGUCUACCAUUAUCACGUGAGUAAACUAAGAUGUCUGAAAGUUUAGUAAUCAGAAACGCUGGAAACUGGACAGACGUAAUGGGGGAUAAAUAAUCUCAAGAUAGGUUGGUUAGCACAUAACUUUUAUAUAUAUAACCAAGGCGUCCCGAGAUUAACUCCCGACCACGGCUUUUGUGAAUUUGGUUUGUCAGGUGCAGUGGUUUCCUCUAUAUUUACAGUUCUUCCUCUGCGUAAUAUGUUGACAACAAGUGUGACUAAUAGUCCUAACAGUGUUGUAAUAACAUGUUUAUAAAUCAGUUUUGUUUUUACUAUACUGAAAUGAUAAGCUGAACUACACAUUGUCCCCGCACACUGUAAAGCUGCCUUCCUUGCAUCCAAAUAGUUUCACAUAUGCUUUUACUGUUAUGAUACGUCGAUCA